AUGGCAUCUCAAACACAGGGCAUCCAGCAGCUUUUAGCAGCAGAAAAGCGAGCAGCGGAGAAGAUCAACGAAGCCCGGAAACGUAAAGCACAGCGUCUGAAGCAAGCGAAGCAGGAAGCGCAAGCUGAGAUUGAGAAAACCCGUCUGGAACGCGAGCGCCAGUUCAAAGAAUAUGAACAACGAUAUCUGGGAAAGAAAGAAGACAUUGAAUUGAAGAUCAAGCAGAACACCGAGAAUACGAUCAAGGAAAUGGAGGAAUCUGUGGCCAAAAAUAAACAGCAGGAACGCGAGCGCCAGUUCAAAGAAUAUGAACAACGAUAUCUGGGAAAGAAAGAAGACAUUGAAUUGAAGAUCAAGCAGAACACCGAGAAUACGAUCAAGGAAAUGGAGGAAUCUGUGGCCAAAAAUAAACAGCAGGUACGUUUUUUGCAAAUUUUGACUACUAGGUAA